GUUGCAAAUAUUCAUCAUGGCCUUGAUCGCUGUGCAUCUUUGUUAAGGGACAUUCUUCAGAAUGAGUCCCCAGGAAUGGCGGGCAGCUCUCAAAAAGCAGUGAAAACAACUACUUUCAGAGCAGCUUCCAGACCUUUGCUGAAUAAAAUGGGUGGUGCUAAAAAGAGAGGUAUAAAGAAAAAAACUCUUUCAGCAAAUGUGCAAAAAGAAACAGCAUCUGAGUUAAAUAGAAAGGUAGUUUCAGGUAACGAAACUGUUGCUGAAAAAGAUGAAACUCCUCUUACCACCAAACAAGCCUUUGUUGUUAAAUCGAUUCAUGGACCUUGCACUCAGCAUUCUCCUGUAAUGCACCAGAAAUUAUGUGAGCAUGCACAGUUCCAAAUGCCUUUGUUAAAUAGCCACACUCCAGUGAAAUCCAGCGAUAUUCCUGAUGUCCCACUUUCCACCAUUCCUGAAGAGGCAGCAUAUCAACCUGCUACAGCAUUCAACGACCAUUUACCUACCUCCACACCAGCACGAUCACCACAGCAGGCAGUUAAUCCUUCUGUCGUUCACCCUGUAAGUAACCUCCUGCUGGAAGUAAAUGGUCAAAUUUGUAUUUCCCUGUUUUAUCCUAAACAUGUUGCUAAGAGCAAAAUGUUAAAAUAGAACUGCUGUAAAGCAACGCACACUAGUCAUGACUGAACUUGUGAUUGAAUUUGGGGUGGGUAAAGAAAAGGCACUUGAACUUCAGUUCCUUUGGGCUUUCAUCCACAAGUUAAGCAGAUACUGUAUCUUUAUCUUCAGAUGAGAAGCAACAGGGAUACAUUUCAUUUUAAAUUCAACAUGUCCUCUUAAGCAGAAAUCCAGCUGUUCCUGUACCAAGUUGUUUUGAGGCUCUUUGUAUUUAUUCAUUUGUUCCUGAAUAUUUCCUCUCCCCGCCCACCCCCAGUUUAUCUAAAUUCUGCAACUUCUCAAAGAUGUGCAAAUUGAAUUUGUUGGUUACUUCUAAAAUAUCUCUUGCCUCUU